GCCGAGGCGGCGCGGACUCGGUUCUUCCCGCGCCCCGGCGCCCGCUUUUCCUCGCUGCUGCUUCCCCUCGGCUCCCCGGCGGCCGCAGCAUGAAGUGGCGCAGCGAUGGCCAGGAGAGGUAAGAAGCCCGUGGUUCGGACGCUGGAGGAUCUGACGCUGGACUCGGGUUAUGGUGGCGCGGCGGACUCGGUGCGCUCCUCCAACUUGUCCCUGUGCUGUUCCGACUCGCACCCGGUGUCCCCGUAUGGCGGGAGCUGCUGGCCGCCUCUAACUGACUCCAUGCACAGCCGGCACAACAGCUUUGACACUGUCAACACUGCCCUGGUGGAAGACUCCGAGGGGCUGGACUGCGCCGGCCAGCAUUGCUCGCGGCUGCUGCCGGACCUCGACGAGGUCCCCUGGACCCUCCAGGAGCUGGAGGCGCUGCUACUGCGCUCGCGGGAUCCCCGGGCAGGCCCGGUGGCCCCCGGCGGCCUACCCAAAGACGCGCUGGCCAAGCUGUCGACGCUGGUGAGCCGGGCUCUGGUACGCAUCGCCAAAGAGGCGCAGCGCCUGAGCCUGCGCUUCGCUAAGUGCACCAAGUACGAGAUCCAGAGCGCCAUGGAGAUCGUGCUGUCCUGGGGCCUAGCGGCGCACUGCACGGCGGCCGCGCUGGCCGCGCUGUCCCUCUACAACAUGAGCAGUGCCGGUGGCGACCGCCUGGGCCGCGGCAAAUCGGCGCGCUGCGGCCUCACCUUCUCCGUGGGCCGCGUGUACCGCUGGAUGGUGGACAGCCGCGUGGCGCUGCGCAUCCACGAGCACGCAGCCAUCUACCUGACGGCCUGCAUGGAGAGCCUUUUCCGGGACAUCUACGCGCGGGUCGUGGCCUCCGGGCUGCCCAGGAGCUGCAGCGGCCCGGGCCCGGGCUCCAGCUCCGGCCCGGGUCAGGGGUCGGGCCCCGGAGCAGCCCCCGUGGCGGAUAAGGAGCGGGAGGCGCCGGGAGGGGGAGCGGCGAGCGGCGGCGCCUGCAGCGCAGCCUGCAGCGCAGCCAGCAGCGCCAGCGGGGGCAGCAGCUGUUGCGCCCCGCCGGCCGCCGCUGCCGCCGCCGCCGUCGCAGCCCCACCGGCAGCCGCCGCCAACCACCACCAUCACCACCACCACGCGCUCCUCGAGGCGCCCAAGUUCACCGUGGAGACGCUGGAGCACACGGUCAACAACGACUCCGAGAUCUGGGGGCUGCUGCAGCCCUACCAGCACCUCAUCUGCGGGAAGAACGCCAGCGGGGUACUCUGCCUGCCAGACAGCCUGAACCUUCACCGAGACCCGCAGCGGACCAGCAAACCGGGAGAGCUGCCCAUGUUCAGCCAGUCCGAGCUGAGGACCAUCGAGCAAUCCUUGUUGGCCACCCGCGUGGGCAGCAUCGCGGAACUGAGUGACCUGGUGUCCCGAGCAAUGCAUCACCUGCAGCCCCUCAACGCCAAGCACCAUGGUAAUGGCACCCCCCUGCACCACAAGCAGGGGGCGCUCUACUGGGAGCCCGAGGCCCUGUACACCCUUUGCUAUUUCAUGCACUGCCCGCAGAUGGAAUGGGAAAAUCCCAACGUGGAGCCCUCCAAAGUCAACCUCCAGGUGGAAAGGCCCUUCCUCGUGCUGCCGCCACUGAUGGAGUGGAUCCGGGUGGCCGUGGCGCACGCCGGCCACCGCCGCAGCUUCUCCAUGGACAGCGACGACGUCCGCCAGGCCGCCCGGCUGCUGCUGCCCGGCGUGGACUGCGAGCCGCGCCAGCUCAGGGCCGACGACUGCUUUUGCGCUUCUCGGAAGCUGGACGCAGUGGCCAUCGAAGCCAAGUUUAAGCAGGACCUGGGUUUCCGGAUGCUGAACUGUGGGCGGACGGACCUGGUGAAGCAGGCAGUGUCUCUCCUGGGGCCCGAUGGGAUCAACACCAUGAGCGAGCAGGGCAUGACCCCCCUGAUGUACGCCUGCGUCCGCGGGGACGAGGCAAUGGUUCAGAUGCUGCUGGAUGCCGGAGCUGACCUGAAUGUGGAGGUUGUCAGUACUCCUCAUAAAUAUCCAUCCGUCCACCCUGAGACCCGCCAUUGGACGGCUCUGACUUUUGCUGUGUUGCAUGGACAUAUUCCUGUAGUUCAGCUCCUCCUGGACGCUGGGGCCAAGGUGGAGGGCUCUGUGGAGCAUGGUGAGGAGAACUAUUCAGAAACGCCCCUCCAGCUUGCAGCCGCCGUAGGAAAUUUUGAGCUGGUUAGUUUGCUGUUGGAGCGUGGCGCGGACCCCCUGAUAGGAACCAUGUACAGGAAUGGAAUUUCUACCACCCCCCAGGGUGAUAUGAACUCUUUCAGCCAGGCCGCAGCCCACGGACACAGGAAUGUGUUCCGCAAACUGCUCGCUCAGCCAGAGAAGGAGAAGAGUGAUAUCCUGUCCCUGGAGGAGAUUCUGGCCGAGGGGACUGACCUGGGGGAGACAGCCCCGUCCCCGCUGUGUGCCAGCCGCAACAGCAAGGCCAAACUCAGAGCCCUGAGGGAGGCCAUGUAUCACAGCGCUGAGCAUGGCUACGUGGAUGUCACAAUUGAUAUCAGGAGCAUAGGUGUCCCGUGGACCCUGCACACCUGGCUGGAGUCUUUGCGGAUCGCCUUCCAGCAGCACCGCCGGCCUCUCAUUCAGUGCCUGUUGAAGGAGUUUAAGACCAUUCAGGAGGAAGAGUACACGGAGGAGCUCGUCACCCAGGGCCUGCCCCUCAUGUUCGAGAUCUUGAAAGCCAGCAAGAACGAAGUGAUCAGCCAGCAGCUGUGUGUCAUCUUCACUCACUGCUAUGGGCCCUACCCCAUCCCCAAGCUCACAGAGAUCAAACGGAAACAGACCUCGCGCCUGGAUCCUCAUUUCCUUAACAAUAAAGAAAUGUCAGAUGUUACCUUUCUGGUAGAAGGAAGACCAUUUUAUGCUCACAAAGUGCUGUUAUUUACAGCCUCUCCAAGGUUCAAAGCACUCCUCUCUAGCAAACCAACAAAUGACAACACCUGCAUAGAGAUCGGAUACGUGAAGUACCCCAUCUUUCAGCUGGUCAUGCAGUAUCUCUACUACGGUGGCCCAGAGUCGCUUCUCAUUAAAAACAACGAGAUCAUGGAGCUUCUGUCUGCUGCUAAAUUUUUCCAGCUGGAGGCUUUGCAGCGACACUGUGAGAUUAUCUGUGCAAAGAGCAUCAAUACCGACAACUGUGUGGAUAUUUACAACCACGCCAAGUUUCUUGGAGUCAUGGAGCUCUCAGCAUAUUGCGAAGGCUACUUUCUCAAAAACAUGAUGGUCCUCAUCGAAAACGAAGCAUUCAAGCAGCUCCUAUAUGACAAAAAUGGCGAAGGGACGGGCCAGGAUGUGCUCCAGGACUUACAGAGGACGUUGGCCAUCAGGAUUCAGUCAAUCCACUUGUCAUCCUCCAAAGGUUCUGUUGUAUGAAACGUCCAGUCCAAGGAAUGGUCCCCGGGGACUUGCCAGUUCUGCUAAUGCACUGGCUUCACACGAACAUACAAGUCUCACGUGGCAUCUGUUUUUGGCUGGGCCAAGGAGCUGCCUCUAC